AUGCUUACUCUGCUGGAGCCACCUGGAGCAAAACGACCGCCGCACGAUGGGAGUCGAUCCGAGCAACAUCUCCUUCAUUUAGGACCUGCCGAAGAUGAUGCCUACUAUGAUGAGUCGUGCAUCCCGCAAGAUCGUCCCAAUUUCGAGUCGAAUCGAUUUGUAACGCUCUUGGAGAACUUACUCGUUUGGCGGACCAGCUCCAGCGACUACACGGACAAAUGGAAAAAAGAAUUCAGACAACGUCCCUCAUUUUGUGAUGCUGAUCUGUGUCUUCAACAGAUUCGACGAGGACAAGCUGAUGGAAAUAUUGGUGCCUUGUAUACGCGAAGUUUCAUUCAAAAAGGUCUCAAUGGCUUGGGAAACUUUGUUCAAGCAAAUGCCUACAUUGUUAUUGCGUUGGUUGUCAUUCUCUUUUCGAUUUGUUGUUAUGGACUUCAAUUUGUUCACAUUGAAACGGAUAUCGUCAAGCUUUGGGUGGACCAAGGAGGACGUUUGGAUGCCGAGCUUUCAUUUCUGGAAAAGAUACAAAAACGCACACUACACAACGACUCCGAUAACAACGAAGUGGAAAUGGUUCGAGAAAACGGUCUAGGCGGCGGAUAUCAAGUUGUGAUACAGACACCGGAAUUCGAAGGGGACAAUGCGUUGAGUAGCAAACAACUUCUGAAGCACGUGCAAAUUAUGAGAGAAAUCGCCAACUACACAGCCACGGUGGACGGUGUUCAAUGGAGUUUGUCGGAUAUCUGCUUCAAGCCCGCUGCUCCAACUCUUCCUAAAGACUCGAUGGCCAACAAUUUGCUCGAUUUACUCGAUCGUGUCAUUCCUUGCAUUUGGAUCACACCAAUCGAUUGUUUUUGGGAGGGAAGCAAAGCACUUGGUCCGCAAAGACCACUCAAUGAUGUCCUCGGAGUUUUGCACAUGCUCUCUUCGAUCCCAUCUGGUGAUGUGACCUGGAAGAAUUUCGACCCAAUUGCUGUCAUCGAGGACAUUCAUGGGAUUUUCCCGCUUGGAACGCAUUACACAUUCUUCCAAAGAACGGGGAUUGGCCACGGAUAUCUAGACCGACCAUGCAUCAAUCCGAUCGAUUUGGAGUGCCCGAAACAAGCGCCAAACUACUGGGAUCAUUGCCCACAUCUCGAUUCGUUCCUCGAAUUUGCAAGAAGAAAUGGAAUUGAAGUCAAGCCAGCCAAGGAGGAUUCAGGAUUUGAUCUCUUCAGCAUUUUUGGUGGACGACGCAAGCGUCAAGCAAAUGAGUCGGUCGUGGAAGCGACAACAACAACUCAAAAGUCGAUUGAGACUACGACGACACCAAAAGUCGAUCCAAAAGAACGAUGCAAAGAGUAUCGCAAGCCGAUGCUUGAGUACAUGGCCACAAAUCGAGACAAAUGGAACAACUUUCUUGUCACCGACUCUCAACCAAAGAUGCCCGAUUUCGGAAAAGUCAUGUCGGGUGGAUGCCCCGGAUUCGCAAAAGGAGUGCUUCAUUGGCCCGAGGAUAUGAUUCUCGGUGGUGCACGACGACCAAAAGCAAUGUCAUCACUUGAAUCGGCCGAUGCUCUUCAAUCCGUCUUCUUGGUUGCUUCACCCAACGAUGUCUACUUACGAUUCAAAGCAAAGCCUGGACGCUCCGUCAUGAAGCAAGGCCUCAAUGAAAGCAAUUGGAAUCCGGAGGUUGCAGAAAAAGUGAUCGCAACGUGGCAACGAAAUUUCACCCGGUCACUGUACCAACAUGCUGAGAAUAAAGAUGAAAAUGGGUAUGAACACCGAACCAUUCACCCGCUUGCUUCGACCUCUAUUGCGGACAUGCUUCAAGAAUUUUGUCAAUUCAACUACUUGAUCAUCUUUGUCGGCUAUGGAUUGAUGUUGGUCUACGCGGUCGCCACACAGCUGCGUCGUGAGGGCUGCCUUCCAGCCGCUCACUCGUGCAUGGGAUUGGCUUUCGCUGGCGUCUUCACCGUCACUUUUGCAUCCAUUGCUGGACUUGGACUCUCGACUUGGUUUGGAAUCGAAUUCAAUGCUGCCACCACACAGAUCGUGCCUUUCUUGACGCUUGGAAUUGGAGUCGAUAACAUGUUCAUGUUGCUCCACAAUUACCACGAUGUUGUUUUGAUGGCCGGACGGGAUGAGCUUGGAAUGUUGAUGAGAGAAACGGGAAUGAGUCUUCUCACUACUUCGAUCAAUAACAUUUUGUCGUUUUUGGCUGGUACUUUGCUGCCAAUCCCUGCAUUGAGGUCUUUCUGUGCUCAAUCAUCUAUUCUUCUCACAUUCAACUUCGUCGCCAUUCUAACGCUCUACCCUGCUUUGAUAGCUCUUGAUUUGAAGAGAAGAAAGUCGGGAAGACGUGACUUGUUCUGCUGUUUGACUUCAGCCACCUUCGACGAUACUUACUCGAUGAUCAACAAGCCAAAGAUGCAGCAAAAGAAAACGAUCACUUUGGAGACGUCCAACAACAACUACCGGAACUUCUUGUCACGCUCAGACAAGGAUUUGGAUGAGGACGACGAUCAGCCAGCACCAUAUUCUUUGCACUCGGCCAUCAGAAAUCACUACAUUCCCUGGAUUGAGCGACGUGGAACGAAGGCGUUUGUGCUCACAUUGUCCGUCUUUCUCACUGUCAUGGCCGUCAUUGGGAUGCAACGAGCUUCGAUCGGACUUGAACUCUCUGAUGUUCUUCCGGAACACACGGCUCCAGCGGCUUUCCUGAAGGCUCGUGACAAGUACUUCUCGUUCUACCCAAUGUUUGCCGUGCUCAAGGGUCCGAAUGUCGACUACGCCAGGCAGCAACAUCAAAUCGAUAAUUAUCGGCGAGCAAUUGGCGCUUCUGAAUAUGUGAUUCGAAAUGCGGCUGGGGAACCGAGCGAGAAAUAUUGGCUCCAAAUGAUGAGAGAUUGGUUGCUUUCAAUUCAAAUGGCACUCGAUAAGGCCGUCGCGGAUGGAAAGUUCGAUCUUCAAACUGGACAAGUGAUUGGCGCAAAGCCAGAUACCCCUGGACCGAUCGUCAACUUGACCGAGGAUGCCCUGAUUGCCUAUCGACUCGUUUGCAGCAAGGGAAACACCUACAAUUGCACCGGAAGAGUUGGACGAGUGAGACUUGUUGAUUCGGCGCACACAAUCAACCACGAGAGUUUCUACAACUAUUUGACUGCAUGGUACAACUCGGACAACAUGAUGUAUUACGUGUCACAAGCCAGCUUCUAUCCACGCCCGCCAAAAUGGUCUGCCGAUAGUCGCGAAAAGCUGCUCGUUCCACCAGCUGAACCACUUGCCUACUCGCAAAUUCCUUUCUAUCUCACUGGACUCACUACGACGCCCGUAAUUGUUGAGAUGAUAAAGGACAUCCGGCAAAUUUGCGACAAUUUCACGGAUGCGGGUCUUCCAAAUUUCCCACAAGGAAUUGCUUUCACAUUCUGGGAGCAAUAUCUUCAUCUUUCUGGAAAUCUUCUCAAGGCAAUUGCUCUGAUCGCUUUUGCCGUAUUCGUGGUCAUCUCGUUGUUGCUCUUCAACCCAUGGGCCGCCGGAACGAUUCUUGUCAUUCUUGUGUGCAUGACGGUGCAGCUUGCUGGUUUCAUGGGAUGGGCAGGCGUGAAAAUGAAUCCUGUCUCGGCAGUGACGUUGAUUACAGCAGUUGGAAUCGGAGUCGAGUUCACGGCACAUGUUGUUCUUGCUUUCUUGACCGCCCUCGGAACACGGGAAGAGCGCACGCGAGCCGCCGUUGAUCGAGUGUUUGUGCCUGUGAUCCACGGAGCUCUAUCGACAUUACUUGGAAUCCUCAUGCUUGCUUUCUCGGAAUUCGAAUUUGUUGUCAAGUACUUCUUCGUGGUGAUGUCGGCGCUGAUUGUCAUCGGUCUCAUCAAUGGGCUCAUGUUGCUACCCGUGCUCCUUUCACUCUCAGGACCAUCAAUGGAGGUGAAACCAAUCAAUGGUGGAAAUCGUUUGAAGCCUCCACCACCACUCAGGAGACGAUGCGGCGAUGGCAAUGAGACUGAUGAGGAGGACGAUGACGGAGGACUCACGUUCAAAGCAACAUCACAAGUCCGAAUA